AUGUCGGAUCGAAGCCCUCCCAUGCCGCCUCUUACUGGCACCGGCACCGGCACCAUUGCUACCGUUGGCGGAAGCAAGAGAGGUCCUCGUUGGACGCCAAAGGAGUCGUUGUUGUUGUGUCAGUCGUUCGUUGCCGCAAGUGAAGACAACACUGAAGGAACCGACAUGACUUCGGGUUUAUUUCAGGAGAAGAUGUUCGGCAAAUAUAAGGAUCUCAUCCAAUCGAACAACGAAGAGUUUGGUACAUCCUACAUUGCCAGGAAGGCCACGUCGAACUACAAUCAAUUCCGUAGGCUUUCGAAGUACGUUUUGAAAUACAAGGCGGUGGAAAAGCACGCUGGAGACCCUCCAUCCGGAGACAACGACAAGUCGAAGUACAACGAGGGUAUCAAGAACACGUUCCUCAAAUGGCACAAAGAUGGAACAAACUUCUACGAUGCCAUCCUUUACUGCAAGGAUUUCCUUUCGGAAAGCCCAAAAUGGGCUGAUUUUGAGGCUAGUCUAAAGGACAAAGCCAAUGGCGGUGGUAAAACCAAGAAGGACGAACGUCCUGGUGGAACCAAGAAAGGUAAGCAGUUGAAGAAGGACGUUCAACUUGUCAAGAAGGUCCUUGAUUUGAGUGGCAAUAAUGACAAUACGAAGUCUGAACGGGAAGACCACCGAUGCAACAAAGAGGAUUUCAUGAAGAAAAUGGGUCAUGGUCUCGAUGUGUUGACGACAUGCAUGGCCGAUCGCAACGAUCAGAGUUUGUUAGAGUAUCUCUCGCCUCCCUCCAAGAGGAAGUUCGCAAAGGACCUUAUGGAGCAGCGUGUUCUGAAGAAGCGUCUCGAAAAUCAGAAGCUGGCAUUGGAAGCUUUCCAGGACGAGGAGGUGCAGAUCGAAAAGAUCGUCCCACCUCAUGUGGCUUUGAAGGACCACAGUCCUACCGAUAUGCGUCUCUUCCGAGAAAAGCAACAGCGCAUCAAAGAGGAAGGCAAAAGCAACGAGGAAGGUAAUGAGGAAGACGGUUACGGUAGUGACGAGGAGUAG